AUGGCUAGCCAUCGCAUAACUCGACUCGGUCUCCAACCCCCGACUGUUGAUUUCAUCGACAAUGAGCUUCCAGAUUACCAUCCCAUCUUUGUCAACCCUCCAGCUCGCUACGACCCCACAUCUGGGAAGUAUAUCCCAAAUGACCAGAUGCUCACGCCGCAGUCGGCGAGUAUCAGUCGGACGGUCCGUUCAUCUGUAUCGCCGAAGAGCCAUUGCGUUGCUCCAAGGCCAGCCUUGAAUGACCCCCAAACAUUUCAGUUUUGGAACGACGUCUUCCCUGAAGCCAUGUAUAGACUUCGGUCGGGAGAUCGGGAGCCCAAAGGCCUAGUGGAAACUGCCUAUAGCAUCCGAGGUCAGAAACAUUGGGAGGCCGUGUAUGAGAUACUUCGAUCGGCGCGCGACAAAUACGACCAGGGUGGAUUGGUUCGAAGGGCGAGAAGAAAGGUUGCCGAUCACAUCGGUCCUGUCGCAGAGGCUACAAAUAUAGCCUCUCAAGUCGCGCCCGGCAGCACUUAUUCUACUCCAGUUCUAGGGUCACUGAAGGUUCUCUUGGGUGCUGUCAAAACCGCUGCAAGCGUACGCAGCGAGGUCCUUGGGAGUCUGGAAAACCUCAUUCCCACAUUCUCAACCGCCGAGUUGUUCCUUGGAAUAUUUCGCAACGAUGCUAACAUUAGAGAAGCUUCCAUACAGUUGACCAUCAGUACACUUGUUGCGAUCGAACGGGCGAUUGUCUUCUUCAUUCGGCAUGAGGUUCGGAAAGCAGGCAAUGCGAUAUUCCAGGGAGCGGAUUACGAAAAGGGCUUGCUCGACAGCCUUCAGAUGAUCAACACCAAAGCCACGGGUCUGGCGGGAGAAGCACAAAAGUCCCACAUAUAUCAGUCUCACCUGGGUAAACAUAUCACUGCCAACCACUAUGCAUUGCUGAAAGCCGAGAAUGUCCGGCUUCGCAGCACCUCUCCAUUCGAGCCAGCAAGUUGGGUUCCAUCGACACAGACACAAACACCUAUCACGAACGUCCACCUCAGCCAAGAGGCUUUGAGCAGAAUUCUGAAUGUCUCCGACUUUGACAUCUCAGAUAUAGACUUUGUCAUCGCCAAAAAGGGCCUUCUCCCUGCCAAACAACGAGCCCAGGUCGAACAAGCUGUCAACACGCAACACUUUCAGCAAUGGAUCGUGUCCCCGUUCUCAGCAAAGCUCCUAAUCCACUGGGACUUCCAGCUGCCCGAGACAAUCAGUGGCAUCUCACCUCUGUCGAGCCUGUGCGUGUCUCUAGCGCAGGGACUCGGGGCUCACGACCAGUUCAUGUGUGCGGUGUUUUUCUGCGGGCGGCAUACUGACGCAACAGACGCUGGUGAUUACAUCGGAGGACGGGCAAUGCUCACCAGCCUCAUCCGGCAGCUGCUCCGACAAUGCGAGUUCGACACUCGCUCAUUAUCCCAGCAGGUCCAUGUGCCUUCUUUACAACAGGACAGGUUGGAUGAGUUGAUCACCCUAUUAGUCUGCAUCGUACGCCAGGUGCCGAAGUCGACUACUCUGUUUUUCAUAAUCGAUGGUGUGUCUCUCUUCGAGCGCGAAGAGUUCCAAGACGGCGCUCUGGGGGUCCUCUCGACAUUGUUGGGCCUCGUCCGCGAUCCGGUCGUUUUCGCUACCCUCAAGGUACUCUUCACGAGCACACCUGGUACAGAGAUAGUGAGGGCUGCGUUUGAACCGGAUGAUCUGGUUCUCGAUAUCAGUGGACUACCACAAAGCGAGUGGGAGCCAAGGGAAGAACGAAUGAUGAGGGAGCUAGAGGGGAGGUUCGAUUGAAGCAGGUUAGGCUUAAGUUCUCUUGCGGAUAGGGCGGGAGCGAGGCAGAG